AUGCGGACCUACUCGCGCGACAUCACGCUGGGCAGCGCCAGCCACCGGCUCGGGUCCUCGGCCGACGUGGGCUUCGGCGGCACGCCCGCCAACGAGCGCCGCUUCAACAAGAAGCGCAGCUCGCGCCGGCGCAUGCGGAUCUCCAAAGAGUCUAUGAACCGUCUGGUGAUGGACUAUCUCGUGGGCAAAGGCUACCGAGAGGUGGCGGAGGCCUUCUGGCGCGACUCGGGCACCAGACCGCACGUGGACUUGCAGUCGGUGCAGGAGCGCAUGAGCAUCCAGCAGCUGCUGCUCAAGGGGCAGAUCCAGAAGGCGCGCAGCAAGCUGGCCAACAUGAACCCUGACUUCCUGGAGAAGAACAACGGCAUGGAUUUCUUGCUGGCCAAGCAGGAGCUGAUCGAGCUGAUUAAGGCCCACAACAUUGAGGAGGCUCUGCAGUUUGCCAUCAAGAACCUCGCGCCGUUUGGACAGAAGAGUCCCCAAUUUCUUCACGAGAUCGAACGGACGAUGUCCGUCAUUGCGUUCAAGAACCCGUCGGACUCGCCGCUUGGGCAUCUGCUGGAGCAGGCUCAACGCCGUCGCGUGGCAGAUGAAGUCAACUCCGCCAUCUUGCGGAGCCAAAAGCAAGAGCUAGAGCCGAUGCUACCCACCAUGGUCCAGCAGUUCCAUUAUAUGGAAGAUCAGCUCGAGACCAAGCUAAACCGCCCUUCGCACGGCAUUCGUGUCGAAGACUCAGCGCGUUAA